AGGGCAGUGAGUGAUUUUGUGCUCAUCAUCAUCUGAAGAGACUCGGAGCACCUGGAGCUGGCUCUGCAGAUUAUCCCCGGCAGAUGUGAGCGCUCUCCGUCAUGAGCGCACUUGGCUCCGCGCCCGCCGCCGCCGCCGCCGCCGCCGCCGCCUGCCUGCGCGACUCGGCAGCCGGAGCCGCGUCCAAACGGCGCUCAGCGCAGCAGCCGUCAGGAUGCGGGGACGGACUCAAAGUUAGAUGCAGGAGGCUGCAGGAGAAUGCUGCAGCUCAAUAUGCCCCUGCAUGCUAUGGGAAGAGGCUGUCUGUUAAGUGCUGCUCACCUCCCACUCAGCCCAAAAAAGUGGCUCCUCGUUCCAGCUUUUAAUACAAAAGACUUAAAAUUUGGGUCCGGCGUGAAAUUUUUAUCUUUGGUGAGAGGAUGCAAGGUACACCCGCGUAUCUAUCCCCUUUGCAGUGCUGUACUGUCGGCGCUUUGCACUUGCUGUAUAAUAUCAGAAAUAACAUCGCAAAUGUUUUCAAGACGGAUUACCUGAUUUCAACAAAAUAGGCUUCAUUUGCAUAUUUUAUUCUUCUCUCUCAGUAAUUCUUGAAGCAUCCCGGUCGGUGCAUUGCCGGCAUAAUGGCUCAUUUGCAGGAGGCCUCAUCAUUCAAAUUAUGUUUUGACAAGACUGCCUUGAUGUGAUCAUUACUCUGAUGGCUUUCGCGAGAAUGCCGUGAAGCCCCUUUUUUCUUCAGAGAACUAAACUGAAGGUGCUGUGCUUUCCACGGACCCGUGCCCACCGACCAGCAGCGUUUUGGAGCUGAUGGGUCCUGUGGUGGACAACAUGACCCCAGCUUCUCUGACCCAGAACUGCACGAACUGCAGCCACAUUUUCUUCCCAGAGCUCAGGGUGGUGAAGACUGUGGCUCUCGGGAUGAUUCUCGGUGUGUUCAUCCUGUUCGGAGUGGUGGGAAACAUCCUGGUCAUACUCUCUGUGGUUUGCCACCGCCACCUUCGGACGGUCACACACUAUUUUAUUGUUAACCUGGCAGUGGCAGACCUGCUGCUGAGCUCCACUGUGCUCCCCUUUUCAGCCGUUUUUGAGAUUUUGGACCGCUGGGUGUUCGGACGGGUUUUUUGUAACGUUUGGGCGGCCGUGGAUGUGCUCUGCUGCACGGCCUCCAUCAUGAGCCUUUGCGUGAUUUCCGUGGACCGCUACAUCGGAGUCAGUUAUCCUCUGCGCUACCCGUCCAUCAUGACGAAGCGCAGGGCUCUUUUGGCAGUGAUGCUGCUGUGGGUGCUCUCCAUUGUCAUAUCCAUCGGACCGUUGUUUGGUUGGAAGGAACCGGCGCCGGAGGACGAGUCCAUCUGCAAGAUCACCGAGGAGCCAGGAUACGCAAUCUUCUCAGCCGUCGGCUCCUUCUACCUCCCCCUGACCAUCAUCCUGGUCAUGUACUGUCGAGUUUAUGUCGUCGCUCACAGAGAGAGCCAGGGCCUCCGAGAGGGCCACAAGACGGAGAAGUCAGACUCGGAGCAGGUGAUUCUCAGGAUCCACCGUGGAAACACAACCGCACUGGAGGAGGAGUCCCUGCGCAGCCGCACGCAUUUCGCCUUGAGGUUACUCAAGUUUUCACGCGAGAAGAAAGCUGCGAAGACGCUGGGUAUUGUGGUUGGCUGCUUUGUGUUGUGCUGGCUGCCGUUCUUCCUGGUGCUACCAAUUGGAUCCAUAUUCCCCGCAUACAGGCCUUCAGACACGGUCUUCAAGAUUACGUUCUGGCUCGGCUACUUCAACAGCUGCAUCAACCCCAUCAUCUACCCGUGCUCCAACCAGGAGUUCAAAAAGGCUUUUCAGAGUUUACUCGGAGUUCACUGUCUGAGGAUGACUCCCAGACCGCACCACCACCAUCUGAGCACAAGUCAAAGUCAAACCCAAGGUCACGGCCAGGGCCUCACCCUGAGCCUCGACAGCAGGGGGGCUCCCUGCAGACUCAGCCCUUCCUCGUCGGUGGCCCUUUCCAGGACUCCUUCCUCCAGGGACAGCAGGGAAUGGAAAGUCUUUUCCGUGGGUCCCAUCGGCGGCGGGGAGGGGCCGGCCGAUACGAGCAGAGCCAAGGUGGCCAAGCUGUGCAACAAGAGCCUCCGCCACAACUGCUGCUGCAUCCUCAGUCCUGAGACUCCCCCACAAGAAGCCGUUGUUGUCGGAGACCUUCCGACGAUUAAAAUCCACCAACUUUCUCUGUCGGACAAAGGAGAGCCUGUGUGACCUGCUGUCAAAGACGCACCGUUCUGGACUCUUAUGGAAAGUCAAAGAUGAGAGACUUAUGUUUUAUUUUAAUACUGUUGCUGCUUCGAAGCUGAAAUUUACCUCAACUUUAAAAUUGUUCCUUUAAUUCAUUUCCUGCAGAGUGAGAAGGCAACAGAAAGUUUUUAUUUUCUUUUUUGUCAAACAUGUCAAUGGAGAUGAUGUAAAAUCCUUUUGGUGAGGUGGAACAGCUAAUCAAAACACUCCAAGAUGUUUGCAUGCACAUUGAGUAUAAAAUGUAUGCACACCCUGUUGAAAUGACAGAUUUUCUGAUGUGAAAACAAGACCAAGAUGAAUAAUUUCAGGACAUUUUUUACCUUUAAUGUGACCUAUGACCUGUACAGCUGAUCCAAAAAACAAACUGAAAUAUUUCAAAGAGGGCAAAAUAAUCUGAACAAUUUAUAUCUUAAGUGUGGACACCCAGUAAUUGUAUUAUGUUUUUGUCUUCCAAGUUGACCCCUGCAGUCAAACUGAUGCUAACCAGGAGUCAGAAGCUGCUCAUUUAAAGUGCCAAACCCAACAAAGUUGACUUGUACUAGAAGAUUUUUCAGUUGCAGCUCACAGCAAAAAUCAAAGUCUGUCAAGAGCUUCCAAAGCGUCAGAAAAAUCAGAUUGCCAAAAAGGUGUCAGUCAGGAGAAAACUAGAAGGCAUUAAAUAUUCCACAGAACACGGUGCAAGACAUUUUACUGCAAGUAUUAGCUGUUGUGGACUGUCAUGCUCUUAUAUCAGGGUUAUGUGGCAAGAAGGGAGCAUUUUCUUUCAAAAAAAAAUGUGCAUUGCAUUUUUGCUACAUUUUGUAGAAAUACAUUUAAUGUCCUCUAAAAGCAUGAGGAUAUAUGCAUCGGUACCAGAUUAAGCUCACUUUUAUUUUGUAGUUCCAGCAAAAAAACACCAAACAAAAAAAACAAAUCACGGAACAUCAUUGAUAGAACACAAUAUUCAUAAGCCAUCAGUAAUACUCCUCGUUAAUGUUGUAUGUUAAAAUUAUGUUGCGAAGCUGAAGAUUAAUAAGAACUUCACCAUUCAACACAGAAAUGCUCAAAUAUUAAAAGGCGCUCAAGCAAAGUAUUAGUUUAAUUGGGCACCACAUAUUCAGCUGUAUAAGAAGAAUUUCAGAAAUGAUUCAUCUGAUCUCUGUACAGAAACAGAAAUCUGACAUUUUAGCAGCAGUGUGUGGACUUUUUGUACGUGCUCUAUUUUCCAUUAAAGGAGAGAGGUUUAAAUGUGUAAAUAUGAAGGUUUAAUCUACUGCAUGGUUUCAAAUUACAUAUAAAAAAAAAAGUCGCUGGUGCUCCCAAUGUUUCCAGAGUUUUCCUAAAGCUGCUCAUCUUGUGAAAAUGUUUGCGUCCGCAGUGCAAACCGAGGAACCUGGCAUGCUUCCGCGUCACAAUAAAUUCCUACGACAUGUUUCCAAAGGGAGGAGGAUUUCUGAGGACGUUCCUGAGCUUCUGUUGCUUGUUGUCGUCUCCGCUUUGUUUCUUCUUGUGGGUUCGUUCACUACACAAAUUUGUCUCUUUACUUUUUCCACCGCAUUAUUCCCACAGUGUGAUGAAUCUUGUGAGCGGGGCCAGAUGGAUCCCUUAAUGCACUCCUCUGGAAUUUUAACUGACCUUGCGGUUUGCUGGCCUCAAUCCGGACCAACCUCAAGCCUCUUAAAAAAAUAAAAUCUGCCAGAUUUAGAGAUGUCAGGAUAAACUCUCACACAGUCUCAGACAUUCUUCUCUCAGGCCGCGCUCCCCUUUUCUAUCGCUCUGUCAGCUCUGAUAACCGUCGAUGGAUUGUGAUUCUGGCCCUGGGAGGGCCCCUCUUUCUCUUUCCCUAUAAAUCAAGUUCAAACCAAAGAUUUACAUACAAAGACAAUUUGUUUCCUCACUAUAGCUUAGACUCUUCCUGCUUUAGUUCAGCUGGGAUCUCCACAAUAUUUCAUUUUGUUGAAAUGCCAGAGUGAUAAUAUAUUUCUGUAGAGAAAUGCUUGUUUCUUCCUUUAACUCCAGAGAUUAACGUGUGUUUUAUCAGUAUCUGCAUGACUCCUGCAGCAGAAACACCCAAACCGUGUCCCGCUCUCUCACCUCUGCACUUUAAAGCUGAGGUGAUGACAUCACAGUUGUCCCGCCAAAAUGUAGCUACGACAUCAACGGCCAAAGUCUUGAAUUUUGUUUUUAACCUGAGGACGGAACAUGUCUUGACAAUUAAGGUCUUUGUCUUAGAGGGCAUGUGUGAACUGUAAUGUGGAUUUUUAGGUUGCUUUUGGAGUAAUGGCUUCCUGCUCUCUGAGUUAUCUAGAGAGGCUAUUUUCACUGUGGAUAAUGAAAGUCUUUUAUUCCAUUAUGUCCUGUAUCGAUAGGCCCAAUGGAGCAAUGUUGUCUCUGCUCACAUUCAUACGUUGCCAGUGCUUCCUCCGAUCCGUCGCUUAUCCGCCGCUCACGCCGAGCCCAUUGUUGAAGCAGAUA